AUGCCCAACCUUGUGGACCUCCCGUACGAAGUGAUUGCAUCUAUUCUUCGGAACCUUGACAAUGUUCGCGACCUCUUGCCAUGCCUACUUACGUGCCAGCACGUCCACACGACCUUCAAGGAAUACCCCAUGUUGAAAGAAGACAUAUUUCGACGGCAGGUUAUCCCAACUCUUUUACCAUAUUCAAUCGCCCUGGUGAAGGCUUCACACUUGCCUGUUCCCCACACGAGCUCAUCAAUCCAGGCACUACUCGCAACUCUCUAUGAUGAGCCCGGUCAACUAGUCACGCUUCUGAACACCAUGCCGCUUUCCGACUUUUCGCAAAUGGGACACAUCCACGAUGUAAUUGAGAGCCUCGCCAUUAGCUUUGCAAACGAUUCUUGGGCUCUCCAGCGUCACGAUGAUCCGAGUCUACCAGAUGACCUCGUGCUUUCAGAAAAAGAGCACUUUCGUUUCUGUCGUGCCUUUUACCGUGCACAACUAUUCUUCAACCUCUUUCCUGGUACAGAGGACGAACCUUACGAUACUGCCGAGAGUAGGGAUGUUGUUUGGUUUCUCUCAAUGCACGCACCGUGGGAAAACGAACAACUUAGUUGCGUUCAGGACUAUCUACAGGAAAUAUUUUUCAAAGCUUCCUUUGACGUUAUUGCACAUGAUGUUCACUAUGGAGGUUUGGAAAUUGACUAUCUUUCGCGAGAUUUCGAUAAUUUUUCCAUGCAACGAUUAAUCUCACGAGGUCUUGCUUUCAUUCACCGGGUGGUUUUAGCAAGCUCUUAUGAGGAAAAAUACACUUUGAUUAGUGGGGAAAUGUUCACCAAGGAUGGGGCUAACCUCUCGGAUGCCUUCCAGUGGCGAGUCGAUAAUCGUGGCGUUGAAAAAACACUUGACGAGUACACAGAGCAAGAAAUACAAGCUCUGGUCCCACGCAUCGACCCUCAUGACACUGAUCAGGGCCCCUUCAAAGCCUGGCGUUUGGUUCACGGAGAUUUACCUCAUGAUUGCUGGGUUUCACAUAAUGACACCUCCGGUCUCCGCGAGCGCGCUUAUGUUAUGUGGGACCUGGAUCGUUUGGAAAACCAUAACUUGCUAGCGACGUUUCCAAACGUACCGGAGGCUACGGAGAAAUACACCGACGAAGAGUACGACAAUAUGCAGGAAUCCUUUAAAAUACGAGAUGAUAUCUGGGAAGCGGGCGGUAUGGGUUAUUGGUCAAAGGACGAUACCAGUAAGAUCGUCACUCGAACGUACCUCACAGGACUCGGAUUCAAGUAUUUUCCGCCAUCUCCUGAACAUCCUGCAGGUGUGACGCAGAGAGUUGAAGAGAGAGUUGCUGGGAAUACAGAAGAUGUGAUUGUCGAGAAGAUGCCGUGUAGUCGGACGACAGAGGCAGCUUGA